ACAAGGAAAAAACGAGUUGGUUAGUUGUUGACAAUCUUCGUUUCUUAGCGGACAAUAAAUUCGUCUGCACAGAAUGGAAGGACAAAAUAAGAAUUCGUCUUGUUUGGAAAACGUUAAAUCUAGCCAGUGUGAUGUAAUAAGACAUGGGAGCAGCAGGGGAAUGUUUAAAGAUAAAGCUGUCGCUACAAGGGAACUUUUACUAGACAGUUGUGACGCGGAUGUUUUUCAAAAUGAAGAGCAUUGGAAACAUUUGAUCAAUUUGCGCGACGACAAUUUAGUUCAAUACCACCAGUGUAGCAUCAAAGGAGAAGCCAGACUCCUUGUCAUGGACUUGUGUGAGGGAUCGAUGCUGGACUAUUGCCGAAAAAAUUUACACGAUAAUGUGACACUAUUUGUUAAAGGCAUUGACAUUAUCUGGCAAAUAACCUGUGGCAUGGAUUACCUCAAUCGUCAUAAAAUCCACCAUGGAAACCUAAUGCUGGAAAAUGUGCUGUUCUGGAAAAGAAAUUCAAGUUCUAAAAGAAUUGUCGUAAAACUAGCGGGCUACGGAUACAAGCUAUUUCAAAAUCAGAAUAAUAUCAAGGACGAUCUCUACCAACUCGGUUGUUUGUACUAUUCUGCUGCUACCAAGGACGAAGCCAAACCAAAUGAAUUGAUUCCUUUGGAGAUUUUGACCGAAAUUGAAAUGAACCACAGAUCUCUCGCCUUAGAUUUGAUACACCUUCUUAUUAAAGGCGAAGAUGGAUUGAAACUUGAAAUCGCCACUCUCCUGCGACACCCAUUGUUUAUCCGUUCCACAUUGUUUAUCCGUUCCAGCGAGGAUGGUAAAGCGAGAUUGAUCAAGGACUUGACGGAUGGGGAGCUGUCGCACGUAUGGAACAGCAAGCAAAAGUUGCAAGAAUGGAAAAUGUCUUUGAUAGAGGAAACAGAGCUACACGACGAAGAUUUCCACGACUUGACCGACAUACUCGUUUCAGAAAAAACGGACACCGGCCAAAUAGUGGCAGAAGCUUUGAGAACGACUCCAAAAUCAUUCGCGAAAUAUAUUUGGUACCUGGCCACUGACUUGUCUUUUUCAGAGGAAACUAACAAAGCUCACUCCAUUGAGAUUCACGAAUUAUUAGGGAAGGGUAAUUACGGGAAAGUUUUCAAAUGUAAUUACACCGAUGGAGACGGAAAACGAUAUUUGGCUGCAUGCAAAAAGUGCAAUACAAAGGGGGAAGGCAAUGAUAUUUUUGAUCGAGAAAUCCAAACUCUUCGCCAAUUGAAUCACCUCUUCGUCAUUAAGUACUUGGACGUGAUCGAAAAAUCUUCCAAAAAGUUUAUCGUGAUGGAGUUGUGUGAGGGAUCUCUAAAGGAUUACUUCGACGGAAAGCUGGAGGGAAUCCCCAAAGACUCUUUAGAUGACAAAAUCCUUGUAAGUCAAAUAACUCUCGGCGUGGCCUACAUCCAUGACAAAGGGAUCAUUCACAAAGAUUUGAAACUCGAAAAUAUUCUACUAAAGCGCCAAUCGCUCCGCCUAGUUUUAGCCAAAAUUGCUGAUUUUGGAUUCGCUAAGGAACUGAAACCUGGCAAGGCCGAAUUCAGUGAAACUUUGCACGGCGGAACAGAAAGUUAUAUGGCACCUGAACUUCUCACAGCUACUAAGGGCGCCUACCCAGCGUCUUUCGCUAGCGAUGUUUAUGCAUUGGGCAUAACAAUUGUGCGAAUAAUCAAGAAAGGGGAUCACCCUUUCGGCUGGUCCAAGCUUUUGCGGACGGAUUCUAUGGUCAAAGGACUAGUUCCUCCAGAGCUUCUAGGAUUCAGCUGGGACCUGAUUGAUUUGUAUCUCAAGUUAACGGAAAAAGAACCUGAAAAACGUCCUGAGAUGCGACUCGUAUUGCGCCAUCCAUAUUUUGUCUUGACGAAUGACAGGACGAAAAGGUACUUUGUCGAUAAGCUUUGCAACGAUUUCGAUUUACUUUCAAAAGACGAUCGAACGAAGCAGCUGAAAAAAAUUUUCAACCAGCACAAUUUCCAAGAAUGGUAUAGUACUACUCUUUCUGGUUACCCGGAUACUGACGAUGACAUCGAAGAAAUGUCAAAAAAUCUAUCACUGUUAAGAAAAUAUGACCCCGACAUUCAAGCGAAGAAAUACGCAGAAAAAAUCAAGGAAGCUAUCUCCUCCGAUUACGAUGAUGACAUUGAAAGUCAAAUCAACCAGAUGAGUACAAAUCGGAAUCUUCCUCGUUAUCGUUUGUGCAAGUUGGUUCAUCAUGCGCCUAAUCUUAUUUUACCCUAUUUCUGGUACCAUUUGUUUGAUUUAAUUAACAACUUAAAACUAUCCCGGACAUCAAUCGCCAAGGAACAAAAGAGCAUACAACAAAAACAGACAGCGACUGUCCGAACAAGACGUCAAUCGAGUAGGACGAAACCAUUCACGGAAAAUACGAUGAUUUCUGAAAUGGAAUGGAGUAGCUUGUGCUUCGAAGAAAACGAACUCAUCGAUGAACUAUGGAACAUUAAGUACUCGGAUCAGAUCGAGAACUGUUCAGAAAUGCCCAACGAAAUUAUUGGCAUAGUUGCAAAAUGCAACGUUACAGCAAAGGUAUGGGCAAUGUUAUUGAAUAGAUUCGGAAGAACACACGCCGGUUUUCUGCUCCACGAGGUAGUUCAAAGCAACGCUUACAAUGGCCCUGAAUUAACUCGACACAUUUUGCAACGAUACAAAAUUACUGAUGAUGGUUUGCUGUCUUUGGCGACUUCCAAUGAAGGAAACGUUGCAGCUGGUAUAACACGGGUGCUUUUAGAAUAUGGAAGAGACCCGAACGCUCCCACUUCAACUGGAUUGACUCCUAUUCACUACGCAGCCAGAAAUGAAUCUAAUUCAGGACCAGAAAUAAUGAAGCUUCUUCUCGAACGAGGAGGCAAUCCAAACGUCCGUUCAACUCAUGACAGUUCCACGCCCGUUCACUGGGCAGCAGCUAACCAAGGGGAAUACGCAGUUAAGAUUUUGAAGCACUUACUUGGCUCUGGAGGCGAUUAUGAUGCGGUUGCAGAACAUAAUUUAAAACCAAUUCAUUUAGCGACGAUGAACAGUAGCAAAUCCGCACCGGAAUUAUUAGAUUUGCUUCUUAAAAAUGGAGGCAUCGACGACAUCUAUGGAGAAACAGGAAGGUCAUUAGUUCACUUAGCUAUUUCCAAUGACGGAGACUAUGUACCAGCAAUUCUAGAAAAAUUAUUUGAAAACGGAGCAAAACCCAAUGUUGGUGAUGAUGGAAAACGAACGCCACUCCACUAUUUAGUUGCCAACAGUACUUCCAAACAGGAAACUGCAAUUGCGAAGAUUCUGCUAAGUAAUGGCGGCAACCCGAAUGCCGUUGACAAGUGGGGAAAAACGCCGGUUCACUACGCAGCUGCAAACCUAAAAGAAAAUGACCAUGAAACAUUAAAUUUUUUAUUAACCAAUGGCGGAAGUGUUAAGAUCAAAGACAAAAACGGAUAUACUCCUAUUCAUUGUGCGCUGCUGAAUACGGGGAUUCACGGAAGCAAAAUUAGGGAACUAGUGGGUGUCACCAAUGAAAAUAUAAACGCUGAUCUUGACAAACGCGGAAACACGCUUCUUCAUCACAUUGUAAGUACCAAAACAACCCAAACUGAUAUUCAUGUUCAACUUUUACUGGAUUACGGAGGGAAUCCUAACAUUCAAAACAAACUUGGACACUCACCUGUUCAUUUGGCCGUGAUUAACCUAUCUAGCGACAGUACAACCGUUUUGCAACUGUUACUUCUUAAAGGGGGAAAUCCUAAUCUUCUCGACAAAGAACUCCGAUGUUCGCCUGUUCACUACGUGGCCACCAGUCUUAGGGAUAUAGCAACCGAAGAAAUGAAAAUCCUUCUAAACAACGGAGGAGAUCCAAAUGUAAUUAAUAAAGACAGACUUACUCCAUUACAUCUGGCAGCCAAGAAUGAAGGAUGUCACGGACCUUAUCUGACGAGAAUUCUUCUCGAACAUGGAGGGAAUCCUCACGUCGUUGACGCAUUCAAUCGAACACCUCUAGAAUUGGCCAUCAGAAAUUCCAAUGACAAAUUAAGAUUAGAAAUUAUUUCACAAUUGUUGAAAAACGGUGGAAAUCCUAACGCUGGUAACAGAGAAGGUUCGACACCAGUUCAUUUUGCCGUUUGCGACAAAAGAAACAAUUCGUUGGAAGUGUUGAAGCUUUUGUUACAUUAUGGUGGAAAUAUUAACAAAUGUGAUAACAAAGGAAGAACGCCAUUCGCCCUGGCUACACAGUUCGGAAGUAAAAAAUAUUGCCUGCUCAAAGUGAAAGCCCACCUUCAAAAAAUCUCUCGCCAAAUGAGGAACCCGGAAAAAAGUUGGUUGAAUGGAAUUAAAGAAAACAUGUGUUUUAAAAUUAUUAACUUACUCGAGCAAGCAAGCAAGCAAGCUCCAGUUAAACUGUUUUUAGCGAUAGUACUGUUUUCUUCCAUGUUUAUACUUUUGUAUACUAUAUUUUGAUCAAGUAAAUAAAGAAAACUGGUGAAGCAAAAGCCUCUGUAUACCAAUUGGCACUGUACAACUGUGAAAUUUAAAAUUUUUCUUCACUGUUCUUUUACUUCAUUUCUAAAAGUAUUAAAUGGCUUGAUGUUAGGUGGAAAAAUGGCAUCUACAUUAAAAUCUACAAUUACAACAUACUUGAAUACUUGAAAUAGAGAACUUACUCAAAAUAUCCGAAAUUGGGCACAGUCGUGAAAAUAAAAUAAGGCGCGAAAAUAAACAACAAGUUAAACCUUCUCCAUCGACGAAAAUAAGACAAUGAGGUUCCGGGAUCCCCAGACCUUGUUGCC